AUGACAAGGCGCGGGCUGCUCCUGCUGCUGGUGCUCCUCGGAUUCGCGACCGGAGCUCAGGAACCCGUGGCCGCGCCCCGCCACCAGCAGAGCCAGCCACCUUCGUUCAUCGAGCGCCGACUUCGAGAGCACGCGGCCACGCAACAGGCCGAGACCGAGCAGAUCCGGCAUGGGCGGGCACGGGGCCGACCGGGGGCCCGUUCCGGUAGGCUCUUUGCCGAGGUUUCAACAUCAAGCCCGAGCACGAGUUCGAGCUUAAAUUCGAAUCCAAGUCAAAAUCCGACCUCGAGCCCGGGUUUCGAGGCGAUCGGCGCUGAAGCCUCCGCCGCCGCCGCCGCCGCUGCCAUCGUAGUCGUGAAUGGAACGAGCGAGCGCCGCCGGGGCCGCGAACAGGUGGAUAUCGUAACACGCUUCCUGCGUAUAAUCGAGAAUCAACAACUCCUCGGGGAGAACUGUACCGCAGGCACGGACCUGAACCUUGGCGAGGGCGUCGUCGACCAAUAUGGCCAGGAGCGCUUCAGGCUCGAGGCGAACCUCGCGGUUAACCGGGCGAACAUGCUCACGCGGCUGUGGAAGUACGCCCCCGAGGUGGUCACAGCCUCGGAGUAUCUCCUCCACGCGAGUGUCCUGUCGAUGGUCGAGUUCGACGAGGAUAUAUUCGCGGCGGGCAACUGCUACGACAAGCUCCAGUAUCGGGAGAGGUGGCUCUACUGCCCGUUCGCCCACCGGCUGCAAGAUGAGGAGGGCGUCCUCGUGAAGGACCUCGCGGUCGAGUACAAGUACCUGAGCAACAGCAGCGAGUGGUUUUACAUAGCGCGCAAGAACGCCGAGCGGAGGAUCGCGAGUUACGCGGAGCUCAGUCGGGGUUAUCAUUCAUAUACACAUAAUGAAAGUAGUCAUACGGAACGUAUGGAAGACGAGAUAUUAACUGUGCGAUAUGAAGAUGGACGUUGGUCGAAACCGUACUAUGAUUGUGGAGGUGGAAACAUUUGGAUGUUGACAUAUACAGUACCAUUUUUUGGAUAUGUGAACAACACAUAUUAUUUCAAAGGAACUAGUGGUAUCGAUAUUGAUCUGCGUAGAGUAGAUAUUGAUCAAUGCCCACUGCGUCCAGGAUCUACGCAAUUAAAUAUAUUUGCAGCUAGCGAUAAAUGCAAAAAGCGAACAACAGAGUGUGCUGCAAUUUCUGGUCUAGGCUUUCGUAGAGGAAGUUAUCGGUGCAUUUGCAAACGAGGCUUUUAUUAUCCUGAUAUAAAGUCAAGUAAACGUUACUAUAAUGGUACUGUUGUAGAAGAGGAAUAUGAAAAACUUAUGUUGGGAGAAGAAAGUCAGUACGCUAUAACGGGAAUUUUCGAAUGCUUACCGUGUGCUGAAGGUUGCGAAUCAUGUGAAGAUGGUUCUCCGUGUGUAGUUUCUCUCAACUGGCUUAUGAGAACUGCUAUUCUCAUUUUGGAAUGUUGCGUUAUCGCAUGUCUCCCUGCUGUUGUACUUUUUACGUGGAAAUACGGUAACGUUAAGGUAGUCCGAGCUGCAAGUCCAGUUUUAUUACGCGUCAUUGUUCUUGGAGCUUUUUUCAUUUAUUGUACAACAAUAGUCAUGUAUCCACGACCAAAUGUCCUUACAUGCACAGUACGUGUUUGGCUCAGAGAGAUAGGCUUCUCAUUAACUUAUGGUGCACUCAUGCUGAAAACAUGGAGGAUAUCCGUGAUAUUUCGAGUACGUUCAGCUAAGGCCGUUAAGAUAACGGAUAUGAAUCUUCUAAAACGGCUUGGAAUAAUUGUAACAAUAUUUAGUGUGUUUUUGGGAAUUCGCACACUGGUAGCACCACCGGUCGUUAUUGUCGCUCGUACAGCUGAUGACCUGAAGGCCUACUUAUGUCGGACAGAUUGGUGGGACCAUAGUUUUACAACACUUGAAGUAAUGUUUCUUGUUUGGGGUAUUAGAUUAUGUAUCGUGGUAAGAAAAGCACCUUCUGAGUUCAAUGAAAGUCGAUUUAUAUCUAUGGCGAUUUAUAAUGAAUUUCUUUUAUCUGUCUUCCUAAAUGUGUCUAUGUUAUUUUUACAAUCGCCAGCUAAUCCAGAUUUACUCUAUAUUAUAUUUUUUUGUCAUACGCAACUGACAGUUACUCUUCUACUUGGAUUGAUCUUUGGAAGUAAGGUUUACGUUGUAUUUCGAGGAGGUGGUAAAGACGAUUCCAAUACUAAGCUUACUGGUACAACUAGUAAAUUUCUAGGGAAAACCUCACGAACUCCCGCUACGAGUAACCAGACCAAUUCAAUUUCUUUACAUCAAGCACAUUUAACCGAAGAUAGUGAUGGAAUAACGGAAGAGUUUCGCAGAUUAUAUAAUCAACUGGAAUUACUGAAAGAAAAAAAUUUACGCUUCGGCAAUCGACAAAUGGUUGAAAAAAUUACAGCGAUGCAAGAAGCUGCUAAUCGUGCAGAAUCGCACAUCACUACAAUCCACUCUAUAUCUUGGUCCUUGCAUGGAAAUAAACUUAGUAAUGAAUCAUCAGUGCCAACUAGAAGGAAAAUAGAUGUUUCUAAGAAUCUUGAAUGUUCGCACAUUGAGCGAGAAAACAGCACGAUUGGGGUUGCAAUUAAAGUAGAUAAAAUAGAAAAAGAAAUAGAGUACAAAAUAGAGAAUGAAAAAGAAAAUGGAAACGUAAAAGAUAAGGAAAAAGACAAAAGUAAGGACAAGAAUGUACAAAGUGAAGAUGAGCAAAGUGAAGUAGCAACAAGUACUAGAUCACAAGAUGUAGUCGUAACAAAGAAUCUCGAAGACCAGACUAAAGAUCGAAAUAGAAGUAAAUCCGGUCAUGCUAGAACUCAUGCUAUUGUUAUAAAUCUUGACGAUAAAUCAAGAUUUUCGGAGGAGGUCACUGUUUGAAAAGAAAAAAAA